AUGCUAGAAUUCCGCACGCAGGGCUUUCAAGGCUACGCGGUCAAGUACUCUCCAUUCUUCGAUAAUCGCAUUGCUGUAGCGGCUUCGGCAAACUAUGGCCUCGUCGGUAAUGGGAGGCUCUAUAUCUUGGAGUUGACACCACAAGGCAUUGUGCCUUUGAAAGUCUAUCCUACUCAGGACGCCCUUUACGACGUUACGCACUCCGAAGCACAUUCUUUCCACGUACUCACCUCAUCCGGCGACGGUUCAUUACGACUUUAUGAUGUUUCCUUAGCGCCCGAAUUUCCCAUCGCAACCUUCCAAGAACACUCGCGGGAAGUCUUCUCGUGCAGCUGGAACCUGACUUCCAAAGCCACCUUUGCUUCUUCGUCGUGGGAUGGCUCGGUGAAGAUUUGGAACCCGGAGCGGCAGCAGAGUCUCCUCACAUUGCCCACGCACUCGUGUACCUACAGCGCUCAGUGGAGUCCGCACACUGAUGGAAUGCUUAGUGCAGUUUGUUCUGACAGCCACCUACGAGUAUGGGAUCUAAGGACACCGGCUAGCGCGAGCAAUCACUUGACGAUGCAGAUACCGAUCCAUGCACCUCCACUAGCGGCUGGCAUGGGAAAGUUUCAACCUACAUUUCCUCCCGCUGAAGUACUGAGUCAUGACUGGAACAAGUACCGAAGCACCAUAGUGGCUACAGCCGGUGUGGACAGGAUAAUUCGAACAUUCGACAUUCGACAACCGAAAGGGCCUUUGCAGCUUUUACAGGGACACCAAUAUGCCGUGCGGAAGGUUGCUUGGAGCCCACAUCUCCCAGACUUGUUACUGAGCGCCAGUUACGACAUGACAUGUCGAGUAUGGACUGAUGGUGGCGACCAAGGCGGACCGGGACGGGAGUUGGGUAACAUGGGAAGGCACACUGAGUUUGCGACUGGUGUGGAUUGGUGUCUAUUCGGCAGCGAAGGAUGGGCCGCCAGUUGCGGUUGGGAUGAACGUGUUUGCGUUUGGGAUGUGCGAACGGUCAUGCACCCGUGA